UUGUCAAAUGUUUCAGGUGGUCGAUUCAAGAAGGAAGUGUUUAUUGACGGCCUUAGUCACCUGCUGCUAAUUCGAGACGAAGGCAGUGCGUCACCGGAUGUUCAGUUUUCGUUGUGGGCUGAUGCAGUGAUUUUCGUGUACAGUGUUGACAACCAGGAAAGCUUUGAAAGAGUUCGACACUUCUAUAGUCAUAUGAACAAAUUUCGAAACGUUGCCGAUAUGCCUGUCUUGCUGGUUGGUACAAAGGAUACUUUGUCCGAGAAGAAUCCUCGCGUAAUUAGCGAAGAAGAGGGCAAGCAGAUGGCAAAUCACUUGAAACGUUGCGCCUAUUAUGAAACAUGUGCAACCUAUGGAUUAAAUGUGGAACGUGUCUUCAAAGAUGGUAGGUUAUAUUCAUUAAGUUACCUGAGAAUUAGGCAAUUAUUAGAAAACGUCUUUGGAGCCACUGCGUUCCAUGCUUCCAGUAGUCUUUACUUGCCUUUCACAUGGUAGAU